GUGGAUGCGCAUCGCAUCGCACUGCCCCGCCUUGACUCGUGCAGCUGGAGCUCCUCUGAUCAUCACACGCACACUGUACAGACACCAGCAGCGCUGUCAACAUGUUUCUGCUCGGAUUCAGCCUGUGCCUAGCCAUUGUCCAUGGAAUUGUCCCCGAAAUAUCCAAAACAAACAUGGACAUCAUUGCAAACAUGGAAACAAAUGUAGAACAAGGACAAACGACAGUAAGCGAUGUGUUCAAAAAGGAGGAGGAACUGAUGGAGGACACGCAGCAGAAGCUGGAGGACGCGGUGCAUCAGAUGGACAAUGAGACAGCAAAAUCCAGCCUCCAUCCACAGAAUGUCUCUUCAGAUCUCCAAAAUUACAGCAGUAUUGAAGUCAAAGCUGGGAAUGAGUCUAUUUAUCUUGCUGAGAGAAUCAAUAAGACAACGGACAAUUCAACUGAAGAGACAAACAACUCAACAACAAUACAGCCCAGAUAUAAAGAGAACAGCAUUGAUCACGAGUGUAUCAUAGAUGAAGACUGUGAGAAGGGCAGCUACUGUCUCUAUGAAACGCAGAGCUCAAAGUGUCUGCCCUGCAAACACACUGAUGCGACGUGCACCAAAAAUGAGGAAUGUUGUGCGGGACAGCUGUGUGUGUGGGGUCAAUGUGCAAACAGCACAAAGGGAGAAGCAGGAACCAUCUGUCAGUACCAGAGUGACUGUAAAGAGGAGUUCUGCUGUGCCUUCCAUAAAGCCCUGCUGUUCCCAGUGUGCAGCUCUAAGCCAAUAGAACGUGAGCGCUGCAUCAUUUCAGCUAAUCACCUGAUGGAGCUCCUGUCCUGGGAUUUGAAGGGGGAGGGUCCUCAAGAGCACUGCCCAUGCGCCGGUGACCUGCAGUGCCAACAUCUUGGACGAGGCGCCCUGUGCCUGAAGAGUCAGAACUCCAGCGAGGAGGAGCUCACUGACACCCUCUACUCUGAGAUUGACUACAUCGUCUAGCGAGACUGGGCCAGACAGACAGAUGAAGAGAAGCUGCUGAACCAGACAUGAACGCUUCAUCAUCACUCCAAAGCUUUGUAGGAAACGCCUUCAUUAUAAUCACUCAAACAGCCUCUAAAAUGCAGCUGUGAAUGUGCAGCAGAAGGCCUGAAUCUAAAGACCAUUCACACUGACAGUGAUUUUAAAAUAUGAAGCUGCAGAGAAGUCAUUCAUUUCUGAAGAAAGUUGUUGAUUUGAGAGGACACGAGUGAUGGCGAUGGAUGAGGGUGUCAAAAGAUGCGACAAAACUGGAAAAAUUUGACAUUUAAUGUCAAUGCAACAGUCACAUGUGAGAUACCGUAGUUGAGUGAGUUACAUUCCCUGCAACUUUGAUUCAUGCACUUUUUCAUAAGAUAAUUUAAUUGGUUUUGUGGUCAGAUUUUCAAAGCUGUGGCCUGUUAGGCACUAAUAUUUGGGCUUCCAGCAGAUCAAAUCAUUGUCAGUGUGAACAACCUGUAAGUGUUGAAGCUCAGCUGUGGGUUUUGAGCAUUGGAAAGAAGCACUUAUUAUAAAUGUUCACUACUAACGCUUUAAGAAUAUGUUAAGGCAGAGAAAAUAUAAAGAAAACUCUACUGAGAGCAAAUCCAUCUUAGUUUAGUGUAGUAGCUGAAGUGACACACCCAUAUAAGAAACCUCAUGUAAUUUCCCCAGAUAAUAAACACAAACUCACUCCAGAAAAUAAAAGGUUGAAAAAUA